UUCAAUGGUAACGCAAACGGCUUCAAGUGUGAAUACAGCAGGUCGAACCGUCAACGGCAAAAACGGCACUGCACGGCCAUCUAAUGGUACACGACAACAGGCAAAGUCACCUGUUCCCGCCGCAGGUGGUGGCGCUAGCGCUGGCAAGGGUAAGUCUACAAAGCUAACCAGCCGUUGUAUAUUGAGAACGGUUACCGCAUUUCUGGCGAGCAGCAAGCGCAACUCCAGCAAUGCACAACAGCGCGCCAAACAGACGAAUAAGCGACGUCGCCAACGCAAGAUGGACGAGUUGAGCGGUAAAUUGAAUCCCAAAUUGUUGGAGAAUUUACGUAAAAAGACAAAGUUUAGCAAGGAUGAAAUAGAUGCUUUAUGUCGAAUUUAUCGUAAACUUAUAUCGAAUAGUCAAUAUGCCGCAAAAACAUUGGCGACCGGCAGUUCGAGUGCAGCAAUUGUAAAGCCACAUGCAACAGUCGAGGGUGUCGAUCGCAUCGUCUUCCGCGAAUUGCUGCACAGCACUUUCGAUAUUGUCACCGAAGAAAUUUUAAUGGAACGCAUAUUUUGUUGUUGGGAUCGCGCUCACGAAGGUUUGCCAUUGCGCUUGGAUGGUUGGUUGACAGGCUUGUCGAUUUUUCUGCGUGGUUCGCUAGCUGAGCGCGCUAACUUUUGCUUUCGUGUCUAUGACUUGAACGGUGAUGGCUUUAUAACGAAAGAUGAAAUGUUUACGCUGUUGCGUAAUUGUCUCAUCAAACAGCCACAGGAUGAGGAUCCGGAUGAAGGUGUUAAAGAUUUGGUGGAGAUCGUCUUGAAGAAAUUCGAUUUGGAUAAGGAUGGCAAGGUUUCCAUUGAAGACUUUAUGGGUACAAUCGCAGUUGAACCAUUGCUGCUGCAAGCCUUUGGCCAGUGCUUGCCCUCAGAAACUGCCACAGUUUCUUUCUUUUCUACAUUACAAAUUUAAAAUGACUUAAAAAAAAUAUCUUUAUAUUUUAAUUAGGAAAAAGUCAAAAGAAAGCACUCAAUCAUAUGGAAAAAUAUUUGUUAAGUUCAGAACAUUCGUCUGCUACAAAGUUUUAGCAAAAAAAAAACCAAAAAAAAUUUAAAAAAGCGCUGAUAUAAAUUUUAAUUGUUUAAGAAAAAGGAGAGCUUCCCCAAAAACUUUGUGUGAUAUGCAUGAUUUGCAAAUAUUUUAAAUUUAGUUACUUCAGUGCAAACAAAACUAUUAUUGUUUAUAUCGUUAUAUUCAUUCGAUAUCGUUAUUAUUAUUAUAUUGCGAGCUUUUUACUUAACACGGCUGCGCACAAGAAAUCCGAUUUUGAGGCAAUUGAAAAUCUACAUAUUGAUACGUUCGAAUAAAUGGAUAAUAGA